AACAGCUGCUCAUAAGUGGCUACUCGUUCCUCCCUUUCCUCCCCAUGAUCCGUUAACGUUCGCGUAUCUGGAUCAGUGUUGGCUGCUCCAUGCCUCUGAUCGCUAUGGUGGAAGCUAGUAACUAUACCCCGGAGUAUCUUGCCGAGUCUAGAGUGGCAUUAGUCAAUGCAUUCUUUUCAAUCCCUAUCCCUAUCGAGAUUUUAAGCACGGCUUUUAGGAUAUGGGUUAAGGCGAGGCCCUCGUCCCAGCGUCGGUUGGCUUUUGACGACUACUUCAUAAUCUGGGCUACGAUAACCGCAGUGUCUGAGUGCAUCGCGGGGCUUGUUUGCGGGGCUGCUGGCGGUCUUGGACAUCACAUAGAAGCCAUCUCCGAGGAGAAGGUAGAGACCUUUCUCCUGGGCGACUACAUAUUUAGUCAUUUCUACGACUUCGCCAUUGCUAGCACGAAGCUUUCGGUCCUCGCGCUGUACUACCGUAUCUUCGCCGCAACCAAGUUUCGAGUUAUAGUGACCAUUACUGCCGUAUGCGUAAUGAUAUGGCUCGUACUAAUGGAAAUCAUACUUGGGCUGGGAUGUCAACCCGUUCAGGGUUGGUGGAAUUCCGCUGCUGCUGCAACGGCCACUUGUGUGGAUAAGCUGGCGUUCACUUAUUCUACUAACAUCAUAAACUUGAUAUUCGAUAUAUGGAUAUUCACCAUGCCAAUCCCUAUCAUACUCAGGCUGCAGGCUAGCAAGGAAAAGAAAAUAGGCCUUUGCUUCCUAUUUUCGAUAGGGCUGGGGACGUGUGCCAUCAGCGCUGCUCGUUUAUCAGUUGUUGUGUCAGUAAGGUCUAAAGACAUCACAUGGAGUGAAGUCACCUUAGGGAUUCUGUCUGCAUGGGAACCUUGCGGCAGUAUCCUAUGCGCAAACCUACCUCUGGUGUAUAAGCCAUUAGUCCAUGGCAUCCAGAAAGUUCGAUCGUCAAUUAAGAGCUCACGGUCCCGAAGCCGUGAUAUCGGCGCACGGUUACCUCCAUCAUAUCAUGAUUGGACCCGACUUGAUAGUAGCCCCUUUAGCAAUUAUCCUACGUCAAACGUCACGGCAAUUGGAGGCCAUUCAACUGAAUUGGGCCUGAUUGGGCGAACUGGCAUCACGGUUGAGCGAGACUUUAAACAGGAGAUUCAUCGUGAAUUACUAGGGUAAAAAUAUCUUAUCUAUCUAUCUAUAUAAAAAUUAUUAACUUUACGAAGCUGGUGGCUGGAAGUCUACUGAAGACAUCUAUGUAUAGGGUC